AUGAACGAGAGAAAAGAGCAGAGCGAGAGCGCCGGGACUCGUCGCUCCCACGGGCGUGAAGCGACAGCUCAACCCGAGCGAGAGCGCCCCCGCGCGCUUGCAUCACCGUACGCGAAGUCUCGCAUCUCUCGCAUAUCCCCCUCGCUCCCCAUCUUCUCGGCGACGAGCGUCGCGCGCGCGCGCGACGAGCGCGCCAUCGCGCGAGAGCAAACCUGUAGCUCGGCCCCUCAGGAGACGCCCUCGAGCCAGCUUUAUCCCCCGAAUGCCACCCGCAGCUCCCCCUCCCCCUCCCCCCUCACCCCUCCUCUCCCUCCUCUCCUCACCCCCACCUCUCCCCUCCUUCCACCCCCCCUCCUCUCCCCUCCUUCACCCCUCCUCUCCCCUCUCUCCCUCCUCACCUCCUCUCCCCUCCUCUCCUCACCCCCCCUCUCUCCCCUCCUCACCCCUCCUCUCCCCUCCUCUCCGCACCCCUCUCUCCCUUUCCUCACCCCCUCCUCUCCCUCCUCUCUCACCCCCCUCUCUCCCUCCUUCACCCUCCUCUCCCCUCCUUCUACACCCUCCUCCCUCUUCUCCUCCCCUCUCCUCAACCCCCCUCCUCUCCCCUCUUCACCCCUCCUCUCCCUCAUCUCCCCUUCUGCUCACCCCUCCUCUCCCACCCCUCAAAGCCUCGACCUCACCCCCCUCCUCUCCCCCUCUCCUCACCCUCCUCUUCCCCUCCCCUCCUCACCCCCUGCCCUCCUCACCCUGGCUGCAGACCGAUCUGCCACUACCACUCUUCUCCAGCAGCAGAAGAUGUGA